GUUCCUCUGCAGGUCAGCUGACUCUGAUGCUGCUGUCAGGAGACUCACGAUCUGCGCUGAAUGGCAGCUAUGAACACUAUCGAGCCGUAGAAACCCCCAGACACACACAUUUACACGAGUGACGGCCACUUCUUUACUAGACGGUUUCCCUGUAGUUGCACCAGUGCUGUAAACAUGACAGAGUUUUGGCUGAUCUCUGCUCCGGGAGAGAAGACCUGCCAGCAAACAUGGGACAAAAUGAUGGCGGCUACGACACGCACCAACAACCUCUCAACCAACCACAAGUUCAGCAUCCCGGACCUGAAGGUUGGAACACUUGAUGUCUUGGUAGGGCUGUCGGAUGAACUGGCCAAAUUAGAUUCCUUUGUUGAAAGUGUGGUGAAAAAGGUGGCUCAGUACAUGGCCGACGUGCUGGAGGACAGUCGAGACAAAGUGCAGGAGAAUCUGCUGGCCAAUGGAGUUGAUCUUGUCACCUACAUCACAAGGUUUCAGUGGGACAUGGCAAAGUACCCCAUAAAACAGUCACUUAAAAACAUCUCUGAAAUAAUUUCAAAGCAAGUAACUCAAAUUGACAAUGACUUGAAGGCCAGAGCAUCAGCCUAUAAUAACCUGAAAGGAAACCUGCAGAACUUAGAAAGGAAGAAUGCGGGGAGCCUGCUGACCAGGAGCCUGGCUGACAUUGUAAAGAAAGAACAGUUUGUCCUUGAUUCAGAGUACCUCAUCACUCUGCUGGUAGUUGUACCAAAGACGGGAUACACUGACUGGCAGAAAACAUAUGAAACACUCGCAGAGAUGGUGGUCCCUCGAUCAACAAAUUUGCUGUUUGAGGACAACGACAGCGGGCUGUUCAGCGUCACUCUGUUCAGGAAAGCCAUUGAUGACUUUAAACACAAAGCUCGAGAGAACAAGUUCACAGUGAGAGACUUUCAGUACAAUGAAGAGGAGAUGAAAGCAGACAAGGAGGAGAUGACGAGGCUCUCCACAGACAAGAAGAAACAGUUUGGCCCCCUCGUCCGAUGGCUGAAAGUGAACUUCAGUGAAGCUUUCAUUGCAUGGAUUCACAUUAAAGCCCUCAGGGUCUUUGUGGAAUCUGUUUUGAGGUAUGGGUUGCCUGUGAACUUUCAGGCAAUGCUCCUGCAGCCGACCAAGAAGACCAUGAAGAAGCUGCGGGAGGUGCUCAAUGAUCUGUACAAACACCUGGACAGCAGCGCCGCCGCUAUCAUCGACUCUGCGAUGGACAUCCCAGGCCUGAACCUGAGCCAGCAGGAGUAUUACCCGUACGUCUACUACAAGAUCGACUGCAACCUGUUGGAUUUCAAAGUUUAAACCCCCGCCCCCCCGUCUCUCUGUCGUCGGGCUGAGCGAUGAUUAAGUUGUGUUCCAGCCUCCCCUGCUUCCAUGGUAACCGUCUCCUCCCCGUCUCUCUUCUCUGUCAGCUGCUUAAGUGACAGUGCUGCAUGUUCAUUCCUCGUGGUGAAAAAAGGCUCAUCAAUAAGCUUCUACCACUUUUACAACCAAGGGACAAAAAAAGGCUUUUAAAAUUGUGUUUGUUUACAGUUUGUUUCACAUCAUAAGCCACACAGAUAAUUAGCUUUUUCUUUUCUUGUGAAAUGAAUAAAGAAAUCAUAAUGAGGAGUUGUAUAUUUACCGUGUCAUUCCACGCGUGCUGGUGUGUGUUGGUGUGUGUUGGUGUGUGUCGGUAGCUGCAUCUGUGUCGGUGUUCACAUUCGUGUUUACGUUUUGACUAUUUCAUCAUGGUAUUCACGUCAGCCACAUCUGGCUGCACUUAUGAGAUUGUGAGUGACCUCUGCAGAUGUUGUGAGAAAAAAAAUGUUAUUUGAAUUCAUGUUCUUACUUCAUGUUGUGUGUAUUUGCUGUCAAAAAAGAGAUCUAUAUCUGAGUAUUGUGUAUAAGCCAUUGAUUGAAUAAAUGUGAUUUAAAUAACUGAGCUGGGU